AUGGCCUCCGCAGGCGAGCUUUUACUUCCUUCUUCCUUCUUCCUUCCUUCCUUCUUUGAGGGGAGAAAUGUCGAACGCGGGAACCAGGAGGAGCGGAUCCAGCAUCAAAGUCCGGCUACAGUGCUUUGUGCCAAGAACCUUGCAAAAAAAGAUUUCUUCAGGCUUCCUGACCCGUUUGCAAAGGUGGUGGUGGAUGGAUCUGGCCAGUGCCACUCAACUGACACUGUGAAGAACACGUUAGAUCCCAAAUGGAACCAGCAUUAUGACUUAUACGUUGGGAAGUCAGAUUCUAUCACCAUCAGUGUCUGGAACCAUAAGAAGAUUCACAAAAAACAGGGAGCUGGCUUCCUGGGGUGUGUCCGACUCCUUUCCAAUGCUAUCAGCAGGCUAAAAGAUACUGGAUACCAGCGUUUGGAUCUAUGCAAACUCAACCCCACAGAUACUGAUGCAGUGCGAGGCCAAAUAGUGGUCAGCUUGCAGACACGGGACAGGAUAGGCACAGGAGGCUCUGUUGUCGACUGCAGAGGGCUGUUAGAGAAUGAAGGCACGGUUUAUGAAGACUCAGGACCUGGAAGGCCACUGAGCUGUUACAUGGAGGAGCCAGCGCCAUACACAGACAGCACAGGUGCUGCUGGAGGAGGAAACUGUAGGUUUGUGGAAUCCCCGAGUCAGGACCAGACGUUACAGGUGCAACGAUUGCGGACUCCUGAUGUGAGAGGCCAUGUGCAGACUCCCCAGAAUAGGUCGCAUGGUCAUCAGUCACCAUCACCUGACCUGCCUGAAGGUUAUGAACAAAGGACAACAGUACAGGGACAAGUUUACUUUUUACACACACAAACUGGUGUUAGCACAUGGCAUGACCCUAGAAUACCAAGAGACCUUAACAGUGUGAAUUGUGAUGAACUUGGACCUCUGCCGCCAGGCUGGGAAGUCAGAAGUACAGUGUCAGGAAGAAUAUAUUUUGUAGAUCAUAAUAACAGAACCACACAGUUCACGGACCCAAGACUACAUCACAUCAUGAAUCACCAAUGCCAACUAAAAGAACCCAACCAGCCUUUGCCAGUGCCGAAUGAGGGGUCGUUAGAGGACAAUGAGGAGUUGCCAGCCCAGAGAUACGAGCGAGAUUUGGUACAAAAGCUAAAGAUACUUAGGCACGAACUUUCUCUCCAGCAACCUCAAGCUGGUCAUUGCCGCAUUGAAGUAUCAAGGGAAGAAAUAUUUGAGGAAUCAUACCGCCAGAUCAUGAAGAUGAGGCCAAAAGAUUUGAAGAAGAGAUUGAUGGUCAAGUUUCGGGGAGAAGAAGGCUUGGAUUAUGGUGGAGUGGCAAGGGAGUGGUUAUACCUAUUGUGCCAUGAAAUGUUGAACCCUUAUUAUGGACUCUUCCAGUACUCUACAGAUAACAUUUACAUGCUGCAGAUAAAUCCAGACUCCUCUAUCAAUCCUGAUCAUCUAUCUUACUUCCACUUUGUUGGUCGGAUAAUGGGUCUGGCUGUGUUCCAUGGGCACUACAUCAACGGGGGCUUCACCGUUCCUUUCUACAAGCAGCUUCUGGGCAAACCCAUCCAAUUAUCUGAUCUGGAAUCUGUUGACCCAGAGCUACACAAGAGUUUGGUUUGGAUUUUAGAGAACGACAUCACUCCAGUUUUGGACCAUACUUUCUGUGUAGAGCACAAUGCUUUUGGCAGGAUUCUACAGCAUGAGCUCAAACCAAAUGGAAGGAACGUUUCAGUUACAGAAGAGAACAAGAAAGAAUAUGUCAGGUUGUAUGUUAACUGGCGGUUCAUGAGAGGAAUUGAGGCCCAGUUCUUGGCUCUUCAGAAAGGUUUUAAUGAACUUAUUCCUCAACACCUACUGAAGCCUUUUGACCAAAAGGAGCUUGAGCUCAUAAUAGGUGGCCUGGAUAAAAUUGACUUGAAUGACUGGAAGUCCAACACACGUCUAAAGCACUGCAUGGCGGACAGCAAUAUUGUCAAGUGGUUCUGGCAAGCAGUGGAGGCCUUUGACGAAGAGAGGAGAGCAAGGCUGCUGCAAUUUGUGACGGGCUCGACGCGGGUUCCACUUCAGGGCUUCAAGGCUUUGCAAGGUUCUACAGGCGCCGCAGGACCCAGGCUCUUCACUAUCCAUUUGAUAGAUGCAAACACAGACAACCUUCCAAAAGCUCAUACUUGCUUUAACCGAAUUGACAUUCCGCCUUAUGAGUCCUAUGAGAAGCUUUAUGAGAAGCUACUGACAGCUGUGGAAGAGACAUGUGGGUUUGCAGUGGAGUGACUGGGCAACCAAAGGAAACAGAUACUAGCUCAUGGACCACCAAAUCAAAAGCUGUAAGAAGAAGCUUGCUGUGAACUUCUUUUUUGUCCAAAGCAUUGGGACACUCAACAACUGGGGGGAUCUGCUGCUGUUUCCCCCGUCUGUGGCGGUCUUGUGGGGGAGGGGGGCUUUAUUUGGUGGUUUCCAACCAUGUUUUUCUCCCUUUUGUUACAAUAAUUCCUGCCUUUUUUCCUCAUGCCCCACAAAAGUAAAGGCAGUCAGGCUCAGCAUUUGGUUUUGGUUACCCAAGAUAUUCUGCUAGACUUGUAACACAUAUUGUGAUAAGGUCAAUGACCUGUGGUCUUUUUUUAUAGGAGUAUCAUACUGUAGUUGAGUAUCUUGAGAUUGGUUUGCUGAGGACCUUUUGACUGGUAGGUGUAUAUGGAUGUUUUGUCUUAACGCAGUCCUGAGCCCUUGUAGAGUCCAGAAGCUGUGGAAAUGAGACUGGCAAAGGAAUUCCAAGUUGCACAUUUCAGAAUACAUAUUAAAGAAUGAGUAGCAGAGAAUGAUUCCAUAGGCACACACACAACUAAGGGUUCUUCCUUGGCAGGAAGCAUAUUGUGUGAGUGUGGUGGCUUGGCUUCUAAGAGGAGGAAAACAGAAGGAAUCCAAGCCAUCUUAAAUUGGGAGGUGAGUUUUCAUUUUGGGUGCUUUUACAUGAGACAGAUUUGUUUGGUGGACUUAUUUCUCACUUACGCGAUUACUGGGAUAUGUUAGAGAAUGCAGCAAGGGGCAUGACUCAAGUUCUUAGCAGUCUGAAAGAUUUCUUUGCCCCUGGCACUGUUUUCUCAAUUGCUUUCAUUGACUUGAAACUGCAGAAAUCCUAGUUCCAUCAGGAAUGGAGAAGGCUCUAUUAAGAGUAUAUAAUGAAUAAAGGACUAACACAGUCAUUUUAACUUAUGGCUAUUGAGUAACCCAAAGUCCUGCUUUUAGCCUCUUUUCUCCCUUCCUCCUCCUCCUCACCCCAGUAUACAUCUGAAGCUAUUGUGCAAGGUUGUUUUAAAGUGAGUGGCUUCCCAUGACUUCCUGUGAGAGAAGAACCAAAGCACUCAGGUUACAUUGAAUCAAACACAUUUUUUUUUACUUUGCACAACAGGCAGCAAGGCAGUAUUUUUAACAACACAUUUCUUGGCAGAAAGACUGACUAAGCAUCAGAAGUGACUUGGUAGACCUGGGACAAAAGACCCCUUGACUCCCUUGAUAAAUACAAAGAUGCAUACUAACAUGCGAUGCUUUGGAUGAUAAAGCAUUGAGCUUCAGUUGUAAAUCAGAUGGCUCUAUGGUCUACAAAGAUAUAUCUAUUGUCAAUUUAAAAAAAAUAAACAGAUUGACAUUGAUAAUAGCUUUAAACUGUGAUAGGACAAAUUCAAGUUGGUUACUUGUGAGAAUCUUGAAAUCUUUCUUUUCCGUUUGUUCAACUGACCGUAAUUUUUGUGGUUUGGUGAUGGAAAUAUGAGGAUGAUAUUUGAAAAAGGAAAACUUAAAUAUUUUGUGAUAUUUGCACCAUGUGGCUAAAGGGCUGGGUUUUUUUUUAUAGGUGACCUAAGACAUAACAUGGAAUGGACUUUGAAAUCCAGCCACACUUAAGGGACCAGUUAACUGCAUUGUGAGUUCUUUGGGGAGGUUGCAGGGUAUCAAAAGAGUCUGAGGGAUUUGGAAUUAAAAUGUUUAGUUACGCAUCUUUGCAAUCCUCUGGAUAAUGGCAAUCUGGAGGCUCUGUUUUCCAAAUCCUCUGGAGAUCAAAUGCUGUCCAUAGAAGAUGAUUAAUCUCUUUGUUGUUCAUGCUUAACUCUGUCAAUGGAAUUUAAAUGUACAGUAUGAUUAUAGAGAUGAAUGAUGAGCAAAUGUUUGCAGAGACUAUUCUAUACAGGUCUGUAGUGCAAGAGAAAUGUCCUCAAACAUAGAGAUGAUGCAGUUGGCCACGCAGGAUUAGCAAAAGCAAUACUGACACUUGCAUGUUGUGAAGCUGUUGUUUGCAAUACCUUUGCAUCUGGUUGCAUCAUCCUAGUGGUUGGAGCCAUUUUGCACCAGGAGCAUCAGAAACUGAGGACAAGUGAAAUGAGGAGGUAACAUAUGUCAGGAAAGACAGCAGCACUCCAAAGGUAGCAGGAGAAUCAGGACUGGGUUGAUGUUCAGACCACAUAGAGUACAUAGCCUCUCCUAUGGUCAUAGCGAGGCAGAUGUAAGUAGUGUGUCUCUAAAAUCUACUUUAUGUUUCCCAUUUUUGUGCCCUAAAGAUUUUGUGUCACUGGAUCUAUCGACCAAGAGCUAGAAUAGGCAGUGUGCUGUGAUUCUGCACAUUGGCUUUUGAGGCAAGCUCAGCUGGGAUUGACAGAAAGAAGCAAGCUAGGCAAAAGGGUUGGCUUUUCUUGCUGGGUUUGCUUUUGUUUUGUUCAUUUUGUCGGUGACAGAAACAUAGAUCGCUUGCUCCUGUUCAGACUGAACGUCCCACAUCACCAACAAGGAUGCUAUAAAAACUAGUGGGAAGGUGAGAUCUUUCUUGCAGGCUGUAGACUGCUGAGCUUUUAGCUUUGUCUUCACUGCAGGCUUUUUAGCAGCUAAACUAUCCAAGCAGAAAAUGCAAAAUAAAGUUGAAUUAUAUUCUCACCUGUCCCCUCUUUGUAGAAGAUAAGUAUCUGAAGCAGGUUUGCAGCAGGCAAGUAGAAAUCUGCCUUUAAGGCAAAUUGAUGUAUUGAAGGAUAGUGGAAGCAGCCUGUCCCUCUGCAGCUGUGUCUUGCCAUUAGUGCAACAUUUGCAUGUAGGAGAUGAGAAACUGCUAUUUCAGUUACGGUGGAGAUACAGAGAAACUGGAAGGGUUUGUGUGCUUUCUGUUCCUUUAUCUAAAUGAGCAUAUUGAAAGCCACCCAAGAUAGUCUUUGGUACCUCUGGUAAGAGCAGGGUUUAGCAACUAGUCCAGUCAUGCAAGUCUUUCUGUGUCUAUGGGGGUCUUUUGUUUACUUGCCCUGAAAUGCAUCAUCCAGCGUAUAUAUGCACUCAGGGAUGUAGGAAAUCACCACUCCUUUCGUGUUAUAAAUUGGGAAUGUAUGAGUAGUUCUGAGUCAAACGGGAACAUUUUGGACCAACUUCUUGUUUUUAAAGACACCGCUUGCUCAGCAUUGGGUUUGGUCUAUGAAACCUCCACUCUAAUUCAAAGUCAGCUUUCCCUCCCCGCCUUCCCUUAGCUCCGGUACCCAGGAUCCUACACUGUAGAGCACAGAAAGUUUUCCAGAAAAUGCAGUAUGUAAUUUGUUUUUACUCUGUUAAUUUUUUUUUUGUUCCUCAACCACUUUAUAAUGUAUUUUUUAACUUAUUAUUUUGUAAUGUCUCGUUUUUAAGUAUUGCUGCUACCCUUGUUACUCUUCUCACCAUUUUUAUUGCGGAUUUUAUUUUGUGUGUGUGUGUGUGGGGAGGGGGAAGUUGUACACUAAUGUUUUUCAUUUUAUGUCUAAAUCAAAGUAUUUAAAGAAAUACUAGUCCUAUUUAACGUGGUUAUGGAGCCAGCUGGAAUAAACCGUGAUUGUAUAGUAGGCUGGGCCCAGGAGGUCAUGUUCAUUUUUGUUACAUAUGCAAUAAACUCUCACAACUUUAA